CUUAUCCCAAAAUCCUCUCUCUCUCAAUGGUGUUAAUGGCCGCAAGAGGAAAAACGUCGACCUUCCCUUCUGGAGUCAUGGUCAUCAGGAUUGCCGCUCUACUCCUACUCCUACUUCCUCAAACUUUUUGUGCUUUAGACUUCUACUGUAUUAAUCUUUCUUCCGUUCCUUCUUCAUCCUGCGCCAACCACAGCAUAAGAUUUCCAUUUCGACUAAAAGGCGAAGCCACAAAUUGCAGAGCCAAAACUUAUGAGCUCUCAUGCGAGAACAACCAUACAUUGCUGUUCUACUCUGAUCUUGGUGGAAAAUACUACGUGCAGCAAAUCAAUUACGAUAAGCGAACGAUCCGACUGGUAGACUCGGGCAUUCAGGAGGAUAAUUACUCCUUCAUCCCUCGUUUUAUUAUAAACUAUAGCAAUUUGAGUUGGCUGCAAGGCCGGGCUAUGUACUAUAAAUCAUGGUAUGGUACUACUACUACAAAGGGCGUGGCUAUUGUGAACUGUGAAAAGCCAGUCAAGAGUAGUUCUACUUCCUAUUUGUAUUUGGAAACGUCUUCUUCAACAUGCUCUAAUAAUAAUGGAUCUGCGUCUUCUUCAAACUCCUCUAGUUUAUCAAUAUCUCAAUAUUCCAAAAGCUAUAUAUAUGUCAAAGUUGGCACAACGGAAGCGGGGGAUGUGGAGGAUUCCUGCAAAAUUGAGCGAAUGUUUCUGACAUCAUGGCCAGGACCAAAUGCUGCAGACAACAUUAAUAUUUCCUGUGCAGACCUCCGCAAUGUCUUCUUAUCUGGUUUUGAGCUUCGAUGGCCCUUCACUUCUUACGACACUCGUGAGCAAUUACUUAUCCAAUAUUCAAUUUCUAGUUAGAUCUUUAAUUACACGUUGAUAUAUAUCGUCAUUACUUUGCUAA